GCACCCUUUCAUAUCCUACCUUCCUAUUCUCCGAUCUUUUAAAUAUGGCCAGCAACCAGUCCGCACUACGUCGCCAGCAGCAGCUGCUUGCACACCUCGCCAACACCGUCAACCCACGGGACACAAUCUCACACAUCGCCGUGUUUGGCGCUGGCAUCAUGGGCGGCGGGAUUGCGCAGAUUUCGGCCAUGGCCGGCUACACCGUGGCACUGUGGGAUAUGAUCGACGACGCCUUGGCAUCGGGCGUCCAGGCAAUCAGGAAAUCGCUCAUCCGCGUUGCCAAGAAGCAGAACCGGCCAGACAACUGGGUCACCGAUAUUCUGGCUCGCAUCCAGACCACGACUGACCAGCUCAAGGCGGUUGAAUCGGCAGACAUGGCCAUUGAGGCCAUUGUCGAAAGACUCGAUAUCAAACAGCAGCUGUUUGCCAAACUCGACAAGGCGGCGCCGCCGAACUGCGUGUUUGCGACCAACACCAGCUCGCUGCUGGUCGGCGAUAUUUCGCGCGAUGUCAGCGACUCGCGCAAGCAGAGAUUCGUCGCCCUGCAUUUCUUCAACCCGGUCGUGAUGAUGCAGCUAGUCGAGAUUGCCUAUACCGAUAAGACCGACAAGCUGCUGAUGGAUGUCCUCAAGUCUUGGUGCCACUCGGUGGGCAAGAUGCCUGUUGUGUGCCGCGACACACCAGGGUUCAUCGUCAACCGCCUGCUCGUGCCAUACAACGCCGAGGCCCGCGCCUUAGUUGAGCGUGGUGACGCCACAAUCGAGGAUGUCGAUGUUGCCAUGCGUCUCGGCGCCGGAUAUCCGAUGGGCCCAUUCGAACUGUCUGACAUGACAGGUCUGGACACCGGCUACCAUAUCGCCAAGGGGUGGUACGAGAGUGCCCCCGGACUGAAGGGAAACCCGCUGCUCAAGCCCACGCCGCAGUUUGAGCAGAUGAUCAAGGAUGGCCAUUUGGGCAGGAAAACUGGACGGGGAUUCUACACAUACGAUCAGUAGAUCUGGAUCAACAUGUCAUGGUGCAUUAGUAAACAUUAACGUUGACAUCAUUAUUUAUUAGCGAAACAAGAGACG